GCAGCAUGACUGCAGCCUCCUGCAGACUGCAGGAGACAAACACCUACACCAUCAGCUCAGUGGCAGCAGAGGAACAGUACUGGUGUAGAGGAGAGAGACAAUACAGACCCUUAUCAUCACAGAAGAGUAACAGCGUGCAUCUCUCUGUUGAAGCAGUGAAACCUAAACCCGAACUCACAUCCAGCCUUCAAGGAGCUGCACUCAUAGGAAACCCAGUGACUCUGUACUGUAACCUGGAUCAAUCUGUUGGAUGGAGGUUUUACUGGUCCAAACACACACAGAACCCUGAGAAUGAGACCAGUACUACAUCAAGCUCCUACACCAUCAGCUCAGUGAUGUCUUCUGAUAGAGUGAGUCCAAAAGCAGUGGUCAUCUUGAUGCCUGAUAAACAGGUGUUCAGAGGAGAGACUGUCACUCUCGGAUGCAACAUACAAGGAGAAGGAGACAAUAAGUGGACCUACGGCUGGUAUAAGCAUGGUUAUAAAUUGAACUCAUGCAGCACAUCACGGCAGUGCAAAACCGGGUCUGUUACAGAGGCUGACAGUGGAAAAUAUACCUGCACAGGACAGAGAAGUGACUCACAGUGCUCAGAGAGCAGUAAUGCUGUUACACUGAACAUAUCAAGCAAACCUCAGGUGCUACUGAGUGUGUUUCCACAGAGCUGGCUGACUGAUGGAGCUUCAGUGACUCUAACCUAUGAGGUUAGAGGCUCCUCUACAGGCUGGACAUUCAGCUGGUACAGUGAUAAUCAAAAGCUCCUCUCAGACAGCAGCAGAUGAGCUGGAGGCUCCUACACUAUAAUUUCUGUUGCUAUUCAUCACAAUGGCGUUUAUGUGUGCAGAGCAGAGAGAGGAGAACCAGCUUAUCAGACUCAGUACAGCAACCAACAGCCACUAUGGAUCACUGGUGAGUCUCCUCCAGUCUCUCUGAUCAUCAGCCCCAGCAGAAGUCAACACUUUAUCGGUGACACUCUCUCACUUAGCUGUGAGGACCAAACUAACUCUAUUGCAUGGAGAGUCAUCAAAUACACACCACACAGGAGUGUGUCAAAUUGUCCUUCAGACUGGGGAUCAGUUACAAGAUCUACAUGCACCAUCAAUUCUCUCUCCACAUCUCACACUGGAGUGUACUGGUGUCAGUCUGAAUCUGGAGUGUGGAGGAGUCCUGCGAACAUCACAGUGCAUAAUGGUGAUGGUCUCCCCCUUCUGGAAAUCAGCAGAACAGCAGGUUGAUGUCUGUACAGGAACAGAGGGACUCAGGAGCUGUUGAGGGGUGCCAGUCUGUGUACACAGAAUUCCUGGCUGGUUAGACUGAGUUGCUGAGUAUUCUAAUGAU